CCAUCUGCGUCGGCUACCUGCUCUUCGUCAUCUUCGGCACGGUGCGUGCUUGCUGGCUGUCUGCCUGGCUGGCCGUCUGUAGUCCUAGUAAAUCACUAACUUGACUGUUGCUGUCGCUGUCGCCGCCUGCAGGCCCUGAUGAAGAUGGGCAUCCCCGCCAUCAAGACGAGCCCCAUCCAGUUCAUCUACAACCCCAUCCAGGUCAUCGCCUGCUCCUACAUGUUCGUGGAGACCGCCAUCCAGGCCUACCGCAAUGGGUACUCGCCAGCUCCGUGCAACGCCUUCAAGACGGACGCGCCCGUCAUGGGCAACGUGCUCUACCUGUUCUACCUGUCCAAGAUGCUGGACCUGUGCGACACCUUCUUCAUCGUCGUGGGCAAGAAAUGGCGCCAGCUCUCGUUCCUGCACGUGUACCACCACCUCUCGGUGCUGCUCAUGUACUACAUCGUCUUCCGCGUGGCGCAGGACGGCGACUCGUACGCGUCCGUCGUGCUCAACGGCUUCGUGCACACCAUCAUGUACACGUACUACUUCGUGAGCGCGCACACGCGGGACAUUUGGUGGAAGCGCUACCUGACGCUCAUUCAGUUGGUGCAGUUCGUGACCAUGAACGUGCAGGGCUACCUCAUGUACUCGCGCCAGUGCCCAGGCAUGCCGCCCAAGAUCCCGCUCAUCUAUCUGGCCUACGUGCAGUCGCUCUUCUGGCUGUUCGUCAACUUCUACGUGCGCUCGUACGUGCUCGCCCCCAAGAAGACCAAGGCGUCCCCGGCCAAGAAGAACCUCUAAGGCGGGCGCCGCUUCUUGUACGAGCUCAUACAGUCGUAGUAGUAGGCGCAUGCAAUGAAAGAUGUCCAAUUAAUGCAGCGUGUUCAACGUGCUAUCUUAACGCCAUACAAGCAGCGAUACAGUGUACAAGUAGUCUAUUGGUCCAUAGCUGGCCACGGUGCGUCCGCAGAUGUCCUCCGCCAUCGCCGUGAGCGCCACGCACGUUGCUGCAGCGCCACGCGCCAAGCCGCCACCACCAGCAGCACCGGUGGCCACCACCAGAACCCGCUGUCCCAUGUUAAACAGCGCUUGCUUCCUUGGUGGCCCCGCAGCAAGCUUCGAUGUUGUUGAGAUAGGCGGCGCGUGCCGCCAUAUCCAUCGGCCGUCUGCCUGUCCUCUGCAUGGUUGGGUGGCCCCGGUCGCUUUAACAUGGGCGCUGCGUCAUCGCGGGGCGCAAACGGCUGAGCCUGCCGCUUCAAGAUGGCGAUGACAGCGGCGCGCUCGGGCCAGAGAUGGCGCAUGACAUCAUAACUCGGCGUCGAAAUUCAUCGACUUUCCCUGUCAAAGGCGAUUCACUCGGUCCCAGUAUGCUCGACGAUGGGUACGUAGACCGACCACCGCAAACGAUGGUGCUUCGAGCUUGACACGCAAAGCGAAGCGAAAUGCUGACCCCACGCUGUUGGCGGCGCAGGAAGCUCAUUCGCGCUUUUGCCGGUUCGCCUCCAGACUCCCAGACACACGAAGCACUCGCGAGCACCAUGUCGGCCGACCUGCUGCAGAGCUACUACGACUGGACCAACGCCACCGAGGCCAAGCUGCUCGACUGGGUGGACCCCGAAGGCGGCUGGAAGGUCCACCCCAUGGCCGACUACCCGCUCGCCAACUUCGCCAGCGUCUACGCCAUCUGCGUCGGCUACCUGCUCUUCGUCAUCUUCGGCACGGCCCUGAUGAAGAUGGGCAUCCCCGCCAUCAAGACGAGCCCCAUCCAGUUCAUCUACAACCCCAUCCAGGUCAUCGCCUGCUCCUACAUGUGCGUGGAGGCCGCCAUCCAGGCCUACCGCAACGGCUACAGCGCGGCGCCCUGCAACGCCUUCAAGGCGGACGCGCCCGUCAUGGGCAACGUGCUCUACCUGUUCUACCUGUCCAAGAUGCUGGACCUGUGCGACACGGUCUUCAUCAUCCUCGGCAAGAAGUGGAAGCAGCUCUCCAUCCUGCACGUGUACCACCACCUGACCGUGCUCUUCGUCUACUACGUGACGUUCCGCGCCGCCCAGGACGGCGACUCGUACGCCACCAUCGUGCUCAACGGCUUCGUGCACACCAUCAUGUACACGUACUACUUCGUGAGCGCGCACACGCGCAACAUUUGGUGGAAGAAGUACCUCACGCGCAUCCAGCUCAUCCAGUUCGUGACCAUGAACGUGCAGGGCUACCUGACGUACUCGCGCCAGUGCCCGGGCAUGCCCCCCAAGGUGCCGCUCAUGUACCUCGUGUACGUGCAGUCGCUCUUCUGGCUCUUCAUGAACUUCUACAUCCGCGCGUACGUCUUCGGCCCCAAGAAGCCCGCCGUCGAGGACGCCAAGAAGAAGCUCUAAGCGGUGGGCGCGCAGUAAAGUAGUCCCCCCGCCCCCAAAUGUAGUAGUUUCCUCCCUCCAUCCUCUUCCAGCUCGCUUUGCAAAGGAUAUAAGUAGCGACGGCCCCAAACGCAGUGCGGGGCGCCCUCAAAUACAUCCCGGCUGAAAGCU